AUGAAGGUCUUUUCCAACGAGGAGUCGUUUGAUUACUCCUGGGAGGAGGUAUCAACAGCGAACUGGAGAAAGUACUGUCCUUGGAACGACAAGUCUACACAUGUUAUUGCAGUCGAUACUUUAUCGCGAAGUGUGGACACCACAACCGGAAUUCUCCGCACAGAACGCUUGAUUACAUGCAAGCAAAGCGCGCCUAAGUGGCUUGCCUCGUUAAUGGGAGGAACCGAUAUUUCCCAAGUUUUCGAAACCUCCUAUGUCGACCCCGAAUCGAAGAAGGUUACCAUGGUAUCGCAGAACCUUACUUUUGCCAACAUCAUAAACGUCCGAGAAACCGUCGUUUACCAACCCCUUUCCGCCGCGAGAACACAAUUCAAGCAAGAAGCACAGAUCACCGCGUUAUGUGGUGGAUGGCAAAAAGUCAAGACGGCAGUAGAGGAUGCAACCGUCACACGUUUCAGAGAAAAUGCUGUUAAGGGCAAGGAAGGAUUCGAAUCGGUCCUUGAAAUGAGCCGUCGUGUUUUCAGCGAGGAGAAGUCUCGACAAAACCAGUCCACCGAGAAGAUGGCACUAUAG